AUGGCCUCUAUCGCUCGUGCUCUGCGGCCGCUGUCGCGCACCACCCCAGUUCGUCUGGCCUCCAAGCGCGUAGCUGCUUACCGUCCCAUUGAAAGUGCAUAUGCUUUCUCAACUACUCCUCGCCGGCGGGACGCCGAUCUGGCGGAUCUCGCCCCAACACCCAUCUCCCACCUGUCCGAAACCGAGUCGAUGAUGGCCGACUCGGUCUCCAAGCUUGCGCAGGAGCAAAUCGGCCCCAAGGUCCGCGACAUGGACGAAGCCGAGGCCAUGGACCCAGCGAUCAUUGAAAAGCUCUUCGAGCAGGGCGUUAUGGGUAUCGAGAUUCCAGAGGAGUUCGGCGGAGCUGGCAUGAACUUUACCUCCGCCAUUGUGGCCAUUGAGGAGCUGGCUCGCGUGGACCCCAGCGUCAGUGUCAUGGUCGACGUGCAUAACACUCUCGUCAAUACCCUCAUUUUGCGCUACUGCAACACCCAGGCCCAGCGCAUGUGGCUGCCCAAACUGAGCACCGGCACCCUCGGCUCAUUCUGUCUGUCGGAGCCGGUGUCUGGAUCUGACGCCUUUGCCCUGCAGACCAAGGCUGAGAAGACUGCCGAUGGAUAUAGGAUCAACGGCUCCAAGAUGUGGAUUACCAAUGCCCAGGAAGCUGGUUUCUUCAUCGUUUUUGCCAACUUGGACCCUAGCAAGGGGUACAAGGGUAUCACCGCUUUCGUCGUUGAGAAGGGAACCCCCGGUUUCUCUAUUGCGAAGAAGGAGAAGAAGCUCGGUAUCCGUGCUAGCAGUACUUGUGUGCUCAACUUUGACGAUGUGGAGAUCCCCAAGGCCAACCUAGUCGGUGAAGAGGGACAAGGCUACAAAUAUGCCAUCAAUAUCCUCAAUGAGGGCCGUAUCGGCAUUGCUGCUCAAAUGACUGGGUUAGCCCUUGGAGCAUGGGAGAAUGCCGCCAAAUACGUCUGGAACGACCGCAUGCAGCACCAGAUUGCGCAAGCCUACACCGAGAUUGCCGCCGCGCGAGCUCUUGUCUACAACGCAGCCCGGAAGAAGGAGGCUGGACAGGACUUCGUGAAGGACGCUGCCAUGGCCAAGCUGUAUGCCUCGCAAGUGGCGGGUCGUGUUUCUGGCUCCGCGAUUGAAUGGAUGGGUGGCAUGGGCUUUGUGCGGGAGGGUGUUGCCGAAAAGUACUGGCGUGACAGCAAGAUCGGCGCCAUCUACGAAGGUACUAGCAACAUCCAGCUGCAGACAAUCGCCAAGUUGCUGCAGAAGGAGUACACCAACUAG